UGUAAGGCGGCCGCCGGAGGUGUAGUCGGUGCGUUGCGCUACUGGGCCUCGCCGUGGACUGGUCGGUACCCCCGUGAGAAGAUAUCGCUAUGUCGAUCGAAAUCGAGUCCUCGGAUGUGAUCCGUCUCAUCAUGCAGUAUCUGAAGGAGAACAGUUUACAUCGGGCAUUAGCCACCUUACAGGAAGAGACUACUGUGUCUCUGAAUACCGUGGACAGCAUUGAGAGUUUUGUAGCUGACAUUAAUAGUGGCCAUUGGGAUACUGUUUUACAGGCUAUACAGUCUCUGAAAUUGCCAGAUAAAACCCUCAUCGAUCUCUAUGAACAGGUUGUUCUAGAAUUGAUAGAGUUGCGUGAAUUGGGGGCCGCCAGGUCACUCCUGAGACAGACUGACCCCAUGAUCAUGUUAAAACAAACACAGCCAGAGCGGUAUAUUCAUUUGGAGAACCUCUUGGCCAGGUCUUAUUUUGAUCCUCGUGAGGCAUACCCAGAUGGAAGUAGCAAAGAGAAGAGAAGAGCAGCUAUUGCCCAGGCCUUAGCUGGGGAAGUCAGUGUGGUGCCUCCAUCUCGUCUCAUGGCAUUGCUGGGGCAGGCACUGAAGUGGCAGCAGCACCAGGGGUUGCUUCCUCCUGGCAUGACCAUAGAUUUGUUCCGAGGCAAAGCAGCUGUCAAAGAUGUGGAAGAAGAAAAGUUUCCUACACAACUGAGCAGGCAUAUUAAGUUUGGUCAGAAAUCACAUGUGGAGUGUGCUCGAUUUUCUCCAGAUGGUCAGUAUUUGGUCACUGGGUCUGUUGAUGGAUUCAUUGAAGUCUGGAACUUUACAACUGGAAAAAUCAGAAAGGAUCUUAAAUACCAGGCCCAGGAUAACUUUAUGAUGAUGGAUGAUGCUGUUCUCUGCAUGUGUUUUAGCAGAGAUACAGAAAUGUUAGCAACUGGGGCUCAAGAUGGAAAAAUCAAGGUAUGGAAGAUUCAGAGUGGACAAUGUUUAAGGAGAUUUGAAAGGGCCCACAGUAAAGGUGUCACCUGUCUAAGCUUUUCUAAGGAUAGCAGUCAGAUCCUUAGUGCCUCUUUUGACCAGACAAUUAGAAUUCACGGUUUAAAAUCUGGGAAAACACUGAAGGAAUUUCGUGGCCAUUCCUCCUUUGUUAAUGAAGCAACUUUUACACAAGAUGGACAUUAUAUUAUUAGUGCAUCCUCUGAUGGCACUGUAAAGAUCUGGAAUAUGAAGACCACAGAAUGUUCAAAUACCUUUAAAUCCCUGGGCAGCACUGCAGGGACAGAUAUCACUGUCAACAGUGUGAUCCUGCUUCCUAAAAACCCAGAGCACUUUGUGGUGUGCAACAGAUCAAAUACCGUGGUCAUCAUGAACAUGCAGGGGCAGAUUGUCAGAAGCUUCAGCUCUGGUAAGAGAGAAGGUGGUGAUUUCGUUUGCUGUGCCCUAUCUCCCCGUGGUGAAUGGAUCUACUGCGUAGGGGAGGACUUUGUGCUCUACUGUUUUAGCACAGUCACUGGCAAACUGGAGAGAACCUUGACAGUUCACGAGAAGGAUGUGAUUGGUAUUGCACAUCACCCUCAUCAAAACCUGAUUGCUACCUACAGUGAAGAUGGACUCCUAAAACUCUGGAAACCCUAAUUUCCACUUUUCUUUUAAAACUUGCUUGAGAGCAUGUACUUAAGUCAAGGCAUAUUCAUGUAUUGCUUUUUUUUUUUUUAAGCUACCUUUUCUAAGCAACUGAAGUUAGGCACAAGAAUAAUUUUGUGGAAAUUCAUGUUCAAGUAGCAGUCACCCUUUUUUAUAUAUUUUUAAGGUAUUCAUUUAUCUGUUUCUAAUUGGGGCACUUAAUGUAGUCUUCUACCUGAAGGGUGAAACACUGCUGUUUCUAGAAAAAAAAAACUGUACUCCUUUGAUUUGAAAUGGUGAUUUAAAAAGUACCUCCUGCAGUAAAACCGGUGAAUAAGUAGUAAUUAUCCCACAUUCAAUAGCUCUCUGCUGUUCUGUUUUUUAGAUGUUAAUAAACUUUCCACCUUUUGGAGGCUUUGUUUUUAAAUGUAAAUAAGUGCUCUUCUAGUUAAUGUAUUUUACUUAGGAUCAGGUGAAGAGGGUAGGGCAUCCAUUCCUGUCUAGAACGCUAGAUUGAAUGUAAAAAGGUCAGGGGUUGCAUAGAAUCUCAUUUCACUGCCCUCACCAUCCACUCACUCUUCUUAGCUGUGCCUUCCUUCCUGUGUGUUCUGGCUCCAGAGACUACCCUCUCCAUCUUCUGGGUUGAACUAGCUGCAGGAUCCAUUAUGAGGAGUCAGUUUUAGCAUCUUAGAGUUUGGCAUUGAAAAUGUGCUACUGUUCUGAAGGAAAUUUGAAAAGGACCUGGGAUUUAGGGAAGUCUUUUUUGCUCUAUGCAUCCUUACCAGUUAAAAAGGUAAAAGCCAACAAAAUUCUUCAAUAGUUUGCACAUGGGUGUCUUUUGUUUCAACCAAAGACAUAUUUAUUGAUACAUGUUGGUGAUGUUGAUGUUGAAGGUGCUGUGCAGGGAUCAUUUCAAGAAAAGUGAGACCUUCUGUGCCUCUUUUUAAUUUUAGCAUUUAUUAGGUACAAACUAACGGGGAAAGUUUUAAAAAAGUUUGUUAUAAUUUACUUUGAAAUAAUAGCCUGAUCCUUUGCGCCUGGCACAAUAAUGUUCAGUAUUGGUGGAAUUAAGCCUUGGCAGCACUAAGAAACCACUCUUUCCCAAUCAUACUCCCAAACAUUUUUUCCUUUUGCCAUGAAACCCGCAACUUUCUUGGGGAGCCUGUGUGGCUCAGUUGAGCAUCUGACUCUUGAUUUCAGUGCAGGUCAUGAUCUCAAGGUCAUGGGUUUGAGCCCCAUGUCAGGUUCUGUGUUGAACAUGGAUAUGGAUUUAGAUUCCCUCUCCCUCUGCCCCUCCCCCUGCUCGUGCAGACCCAUGCCCCCCUCUCCCCUCCCCACCCUCUAAAAUAAAACCUGCGGCUUUUUGAAAGAAUGUCGUUUUCUGCCAUUUGAGAGCUGAAUAUAGCCAUGAAUCCAUAAAUUCAUAUGAAUGAAUCUCCCAUCCCAGUGAAACUAAGUUUUCACAUAAAGGUGGAAAGAGGAAACGGCUCAUUCUAAAAUCUCUUAGGAAAGUUAAAGAAAUUGCAACAGGUAGUUGAGCAGUACUGCUAAAAUAAAGUAGGCCAAAAUGGAGUCUCUUGUGUUAAGCCCCACAUCGGCAAACCCCAGCUGCAGUUUCAGCCUGUCCCAGGACUGUAACCUGUAACCAGUGAUGUUACCUGACUCAGCAUUUAGGAGGUAGUCUGCCUGGUAGGCCCCGACUGUCCCCCAAAGGAAGGUAACCUUGCCUGAAACAAUCCACUCUGUUGGAGUUCCUUCUCCCAUUCCCUUUAAGUCUAUAAAAGCCUUUCAUUAUGUGCAGCUCUUCAGAGCUCCUUUCUGUUAGAUGGGAUGUUGCUGGAUUCACUAACCGUUGAAUAAAGUCAAUUUUUUCAGUUGAA